AUGGAGUUAAAAGAACGGCUCAAGGCUUAUCGUAUGGUCGCGAUUUCUGUAACGGUCGCCUCACUGUUUGCGACAUUUUGUGCUUGUGUCACCCUUCCACUAGCAUAUGUCUAUAUUAAUCAUGUGCAAAGCAGUCUGAAAGAAGAGUUCAACACAUGUAAAUCCAACGCCAAAGAUCUUCUAGAAGGUGUUACUGAGAUGAAGACGUAUUUACUUCGUACUCGAAGUCCACGCAACUCCAGCCAGGAGAAACUAAACUGGCACGCAACGAACAAAUCGCCCUGUAAGCACUGCUGUAUACCGGGACCAACUGGCCCUCCUGGACUUCAGGGUAGGCCUGGCCGCCCUGGGAAACCCGGUGUCAAUGGCUUGAGUGGCAACACUGGUGGUGUUUUGAUAACACCGUUUCUUUAUAUGACGGCAGACUUUUGCCUUAGGUGUAGUGCAGGACCACCCGGACCAAAGGGUCUUCCUGGGCCACCAGGCGAUCCAGGACUACCUGGCAAGCAGGGGAUGCCUGGAGUUCCCGGACAACAUGGAAUGAAAGGGCCCAGAGGGACAACGGGAACACAAGGAUAUCCUGGAGUGCGAGGAAUACCGGGACAUCCAGGUUUGUCUUGUGAGCUCAACCAGACCAUGCACGGAAAGCCUGGACCACCUGGGCAACGUGGUCCUCCAGGUGAACGAGGGCCACCUGGACGGCCUGGUAUAGAUGGAAAUAUUGGUGAUGCUGGACCUAAGGGACCACCAGGCAAAGACGGAAUGCCAGGACCACCUGGUAGGCCCGGGCCGUCCGGCUUGCCAGGAGCGCGCGGAAGAAGUGGUGGUAAAGGUGUGUGUCCCAUCUACUGUGCAUUAGACGGUGGUGUGUUCUUUGAGGAUGGGAUUCAGCUGGCACGAUGA